CUCUGGGUCGUGAAAAUAGGCCACGUGAACACGCUGCCCUAUAGACUUAUGACCCAACGGCUGUCGCGCACUUGGAGGGCGGGCCAAGAAUCUAAGAGGGCGAGCGUCAUUGGCCAGAAUACUCACUGAAGGAGGAAGAUGAUUGGUUCGUUUUAGGCCUUAGCCAUGAAGAAGCAAGUUGCUACACCCGCCUUUACUGCGGCGAAGUGUCAUUGCUGACGUGAGAAUCGUGAUCCAAUCAUUUGGUUAUGGAACAUUCUAAAACUUAGAGGAGACGGUUAUGAUUGGCUGAAGGGCAUAAGCCCGCCUCCCGGGUGACGUGUCUGCGUAUGGAUAUCAGUUGCCAGAGAAACCUGGCUUUACUAUGGCGGUUGGAGGAACGGCAGUGAUCACACGUCUGCUGCUGGAAAGAACUGGAUUCUCGUUUCAGGUCACCAUCAGAAAAGCUAAGUUUGCUAUACAGUAAGGAUCAGGAGAUCUGAUCCUGAUUGCAGAGCCACCCCUGAUUGCAGAAUCCUGGGUUGUGUCUCCCAUUUCAUCCUUCCAGACCACCCCAGAAGAUCUGUAAGAGUCCAUCUGGGAAAUCACUAGGAAUUCUUGGAAGGGAAAGAAGGAUUGUUGGUUGGAAUAAAAACAGGGUUGAAUGAGUUCCAGAAAGCAGGGAUCUCAAACUCGUGGACAACAAUCUGCAGAAGAAGACAACUUCAAGAAGCCUACUCGAAGCAACAUGCAGAGAAGUAAGAUGAGAGGAGCCUCCUCAGGAAAGAAGACAGCUGGUCCACAGCCAAAGAAUCUUGAACCAGCUUUGCCAGGAAGAUGGGGAGGUCGCUCUGCAGAGAAUCCCCCUUCUGUAUCUGUGAGGAAGACAAGAAAGAACAAACAGAAGACUCCUGGAAACGGAGAUGGUGGCAGUACCAGUGAAGUCCCCCAGCCCCCUCGUAAGAAAAGGGCCCGGGCAGACCCCACUGUUGAAAGCGAGGAGGCCUUUAAGAAUAGAAUGGAAGUUAAAGUGAAGAUUCCUGAAGAAUUAAAACCAUGGCUUGUUGAGGACUGGGACUUAGUUACCAGGCAGAAGCAGCUCUUUCAACUCCCUGCUAAGAAGAAUGUAGAUGCUAUUCUGGAAGAGUAUGCAAAUUGCAAGAAAUCACAGGGAAAUGUCGAUAAUAAGGAAUAUGCGGUUAAUGAAGUUGUGGCAGGAAUAAAAGAGUAUUUCAAUGUGAUGUUGGGCACUCAGCUGCUCUACAAAUUUGAGAGGCCCCAAUAUGCUGAGAUCCUUUUGGCUCACCCUGAUGCCCCAAUGUCCCAGGUUUAUGGGGCACCACAUCUACUGAGAUUAUUUGUAAGAAUCGGAGCAAUGUUGGCCUAUACACCCCUUGAUGAGAAGAGCCUUGCAUUAUUGUUGGGCUAUUUGCAUGAUUUCCUAAAAUACCUGGCAAAGAAUUCUGCAUCUCUGUUUACUGCCAGUGAUUAUAAAGUGGCUUCUGCUGAGUAUCACCGCAAAGCCCUGUGAGGGUCUACUGACCACUCACUGUUAAUGUCUGAUAUCUGUAAACACUUUAUGUUCUUAGUGUUUUCUUGUAUAGUUGAUGUUCUUUAAAAUUGUUAAUGUAUAACAGGGCUUAUGUUUCAGUUUUCUGUUCUGUUUUAAACAGAAAAUAAAAGGAGUGCACACUCCUUUCCUCAUUUCAAAGUCGCUACCAGUGUAUGCAGUAAUUAGACAAAGAAGAAACAUUCAGUAGAACAUUUUAUUGCCUAGUUGACAACAUUGCUUGAAUGCUGGUGGUUCUACCCCUUUGACACUACACAGUUUUCUAUGUGUUAAUGCUCCGUGAUGAAAUGCCCUGAUUCCUAGUGCCAAAGGUUCAACGUAAUGUAUAUACCUGAAAACCCAUGCAUUUGUGCUCUUUUUUUUUUUAUGGUGCUUGAAGUAAAACAGCCCAUCCUCUGCAAAUCCAUCUAUGUUGUUCCUUAGGCAUUCUAUCUUUGCUCAAAUUGUUGAAGGAUGGUGGUUUGUUUCAUGGUUUUUGUAUUUGAGUCUAAUGCACGUUCUAACAUGAUAGAGGCAAUGCAUUAUUGUGUAGCCACGGUUUUCUGGAAAAGUUGAUAUUUUAGGAAUUGUAUUUCAGAUCUUAAAUAAAAUUUGUUUCUAAAUUUCAAAGCAA